AAGUACAUAGCACAGCAUCAACGUCAAGCGAGCGAGUAACAGCACCACAUAUCAUCAUCAACUUUAACGAAUCAGCACACACACCACAACAAUGGGACAAAACGAUAACAUCGAGGUCGAUCCGACGCUGCUCGAAGCCGACGGCUCCGACUACGCGUCUUCGGGAUACGAUACUAGCACGGCAAGCUUGAGCUCCAGCGUCAAUGAAUACAUCUUCGAGAACGGACGGCGUUAUCACGCAUACUACGGCAUGGAAAAGAACCUGAUGCCGACGGACGAGAAAGAACAAGACCGCAUGGACCUCCACCACGAAAUCAUCCUCCUCCUCCUCGGCGGCGAGCUGCACAAAGCACCGAUAAAUCCGAACCCGCACAAGAUCCUGGACGUGGGCACGGGCACGGGUAUCUGGGCGAUCGAUAUGGCGGAUCGGUAUCCGUCCGCGGAGGUGAUAGGUGUUGACCUUAGUCCGAUUCAGCCGAGGUGGGUGCCGCCGAACUGUAAUUUCGAGGUCGACGAUGCCGAGCUGGAAUGGACAUAUCCCUCCUGCAAUUUCGAUUUUAUCCAUUUCCGCAAUGUAGCCCAAGGCAUUACCAAAUGGCCACAGGUGCUUUCAGAGGCCUUCCGCUGCAUGAAACCCGGCGCGUUCAUUGAACUCUCCGAAUCCGGCGCCCAGCUCUACAGCGACGACGAGUCACUCCCGCCGUCCAACCCCGCGCGGCAAUGGGGCGAGCGAAUGACCGAUGCGAUGGCGGCCUCUGGCCGCCUCGCACCAGUGAAAGGCAGCCUCUCCUCCCGUCUCGAAGCGGCCGGCUUCGUGGACGUGCGCGAGUUCCAGUUGAAGCAGCCGUUCGGGCCGUGGGCGAAGUCGCAGGACCUCAAGAAGCUGGGGGUCAUGCUCCUGCUCCAGGGAGAACAGGGAUUCCAUUCUUACGGGAUGCUCGCAUUCGUGAAGCUCCUCGGAAUGGACCCCGCCGUUGCGGAUAAAUUGUGUAAGGACGCCAUCAUGGCCACGAAGAAUAAACAUACGCAUGCGUAUGCGGUUCAUUACGUCGCGUACGGAAGGCGGCCGGAGGAGUAGCUGGUUGGCGCAGGUGGGUGCGGAAAAUGGUAGCGUUGCGCAUCGCAUACAGAAUACAAGGAAGGGCAUGCGCGUGUUGUUUUUCUAGGUGCUCGGUUGGUGUCUCCAUGUUGUUUUACGAACCGUAACGGUAGUGUAAUUGAGCUUUGCAUCGCGUUGAAACA